AUGGCAACAGCAAGCACGAACAAAACGCGAACGCCACUGAAAUACUCUGGAUCUUUAGAUAAUUACACAUCUAAUGAUCUGACCCCAAUUAUCGGGAGAGAGUUCCCUGAGCUGCAGCUUAGUUCGUUGCUUUCUGACAAUACAAAGCUUCGCGAUUUGGCAAUUCUUGUUUCGCAGCGCGGUGUGAUAGUUUUUCGGAAUCAAGACUUGCAGAUUAAUGAGCAAAAGAUUCUUGGAGAGAAGCUCGGGCAGCUUUCUGGAAAACCAGAAUCGUCAAAGCUGCACCGACAUGCAUUUAGAAGCGGAAAGACCCAGACUGUGGUUGAUGGAGAGCCUAAGCCUGAAGAAGAGGUCAUGGUGAUAUCUUCAGAGACUGCGAAGGGGUCUCAUAAAGAUCACACUUCUUCGUUAAAACCACUCGCCAGCACUCUCUGGCAUUCUGACAUUACAUUCGAGAAUGUUCCUUCCGACUACGCAAUCCUGAAAAUGACAGUUGUGCCCGAGUCUGGUGGAGACACCAUUUUCGCCAGUGGUUAUGAGGCUUAUGAUCGCUUAUCUCCUGCAUGGAAAAGCUUCGCGGAAACCUUGACAGCAACUCAUCGUAACGCAACGCUAAAAAGGCUCGCUUCUGAAGGUGGUGAUGAUCUGAUAUCAGGAGAUCGUGGUUCACCACAUAAUCAUGGUCUCAAUUUUGAAGCCUCUCACCCUGUUAUACGUACAAAUCCAGUCACUGGCUGGAAAAGCAUCAUGGCUGCUGGCCAUCAAGUCCACGACGGACAAUUUGACAACGUGACUCCUCGCGAGGAUCAGAUCCUAAAAGAAUAUUUUCUUCAACUUGUAGUUGAGAACCAUGACCUCCAGGUUCGAUUUAAGUGGCGAAAGAAUGACAUAGCCAUCUGGGACAAGUACAAUCUUCUACUGAUACCCCAACCGACUUUUAACCUAGCUUCAAGUGAUUACGAUACCAGUCGUUCAGGAAACAGAAUUGUAUCGGUUGGAGAAAAGCCAUAUUUAGACCCAAACUCGACUUCUCGCAGGACUGCGCUUUCCAAGUUGUAG